UACGGACACGCGGGAACCCUUUUCUGUGUGUAGUUGUCGCCUUCGAAGCGUGCAGACGUGUGUACCUCGAGCUCCGUCGUGUGAAAGAGCAGCGCCACUCUGUACUGCAGUUGUGUGUGGCGUUUGUGCAAAGUGUGAACUAGGGAGUUUCUUAACAAAAGUAACACCCUGCCGUCGGCGGGUGGAAUAGUUGUUCUUCUUCCCCCUCUCCACGCCCUGUUUCGUGCCGUUGUGCAACAUUCCUGGCCGUUGUUGUUUUCCCAAAACCUGUUUCACCGUGCGUCAGUGUGCGUGCGUGAGAGUGUGUGUGUGUGGUGCUCAGUUGUGUAAACUUACAUUUAUUUUCCAUUGGCCGGUUUUCUAGGCAGAGGAAUAUUGUUUUCCACAAGAAAUCCGAAACUGGUUUUUCCCCUGCGAGCGUGUGUUUGUGUCUUCAAGUGAGUGUGUGUGUGUGUUGUGACAAAAAGAAGAUAUCCAACAGUCCACACACCCUUUAAAGGGUGGGAAGUGAAGAAAGCGCCAACCGUCUCAUUGUUCCCCGGUGCUUCGAGUGUGGUGGCACGUUUCGUUUCUUCAACACACAACGCCUAAUGUAUCGCAACACCUCCGCAUAGAGCAGCUACUAAUAAAAAGACGACAAAAUGUUAAAAUCAUUAGGCGGCAUGCUGCCGCUUGGCCAAACCGUUUGGCUACUACUCAUCACCGUCAGCAUAAUCUCUGCAGAAUAUUAUCAAAAAGACUCCUACUCCGAGUAUGACUGCAACGAACCGCUGCUAGAGCACGCCGUCCUUUCGGCAACUUCCCAGCUGCGUGAGCGAGGACCGGAAAAUGCACGGCUAAACGGUGGCUACUCCUGGACCGCCCAGCAGUCCGACUUUGACCAGCAGUUCAUUAUCGAUCUGGGCGAUGUGCGCAACAUCACGCGCAUCGAAACGCAGGGCCGUCCGCACAGCAACGAGUAUCUGACCGAGUACAGUAUCAGCUACGGCUUCAACGGGCUCGACUACAUCGACUACCGGGAGCCGGGUGGUAACACCAAGCUGUUUAAGGGCAAUCGAGAUGGCGAUUCCGUGCGCAUGAACUCGUUCGAGGUGCCCAUCAUCGCGCAGUGGGUGCGCAUCAAUCCAACGCGCUGGCAGAACCGAAUCUCGCUGCGUGCGGAGCUGUACGGAUGUCGUUAUGAGUCCGAAAGCAUCUACUUCAACGGCACGGGGUUGGUGCGGUACGAUCUGUUGCGCGAUCCGAUCGCUGCAACGCGUGAAUCCAUCCGCUUCCGCUUUAAAACGGCCCACCCGAACGGUGUGCUGCUGUACUCGCGUGGAACGCAGGGCGAUUACUUUGCGCUCCAGAUCAAGGACAAUCGGAUGGUGUUGAAUGUGGAUCUGGGGGCGAAAAUCAUGACGUCCCUGUCCGUUGGCAGCCUGCUGGACGAUAACAUCUGGCACGAUGUGGUGAUUUCGCGCAAUCGGCGUGAUAUCAUCUUCAGCGUGGAUCGUGUGAUCGUACAGCGCCGCAUUAAGGGCGAGUUUGAUAAGCUUAAUCUUAACCGGGAGUUCUACAUCGGUGGUGUACCGAACCUUCAGGAAGGGCUCGUCAUUCAGCACAACUUUACCGGGUGUAUUGAAAAUUUGCACUUUAACGCGACCAACUUCAUUCGCGAAAUGAAGGACGCCUUCUACGAUGGGGAACAUUUGCGGUACAAAAUGACGCACGUCACGUACAACUGUCCCGAGCCGCCGAUCAAUCCGGUCACGUUUCUGACGCGCGGAUCGCACGCCAAGCUGAAGGGUUACUACAGCUCGAAGCAGUUCAACGUCAGCUUCGCGUUCCGCACGUACGAGGAGAAGGGGCUGAUGCUGCACCACGACUUCCUGCAGGGCUCGGUGCAGGUGUUCCUGGAGGAGGGCAAGGUGAAGGUGCGCCUAAAGGAGGACAACUACGAGCACAACCCGGGCACGAUACUGGACAACUACGAGGAGCAGUUUAACGAUGGCAACUGGCACCACAUGAUGCUGACGAUCAAGAAGAACAGCUUGGUGCUGAGCAUCGACGAUCGACCGAUGGAGACGACCAAGUUGCCUUAUGGCGAACACGAAUCAAACAGUACGGCUAACAGUUUCAGACUGAUUGACAUUACGACCGGCACUCUCUACUACAUCGGAGGUGGCAAAACGAAGGACGGCUUCGUUGGCUGUAUGCGAUCGUUUGCGAUCGAUGGCAACUACCGUAUCCCGACCGACUGGAAGGAGGAAGAGUACUGCUGCAAGGGCGAGAUCCUGUUCGACGCCUGCCACAUGGUCGAUCGGUGCAAUCCGAACCCCUGCAAGCACAGCGGCAUCUGCAAGCAAAACUCGAUGGAGUUUACGUGCGAUUGUGCGGGCACGGGGUACGCAGGGGCGGUCUGUCACACGCCCAUGAACGCGCUGUCCUGUCAGGCGUUCAAGAACGUGCACGACGUGAAGCAGCGGCAGCGCAUCGAGAUCGACGUGGAUGGUAGUGGACCGUUGGCACCGUUCCCGGUGACGUGUGAGUUCUACUCGGACGGGCGGGUGGUGACGGUGUUGAGCCACAGCUCGGAGCAUACGACGCGGGUGGACGGGUUUGCGGAGCCGGGGUCGUUUGAGCAGAACAUCAUCUAUGAGGCGGAUUUGCCGCAGAUUGAAGCGCUGCUGAACCGUUCGACGGAGUGUUGGCAAACGCUAACGUACGCGUGUCGCUCGUCGAGGCUGUUUAACUCUCCCUCCGAUCCGGAGAACUUCCGACCGUACGCGUGGUGGGUGUCGCGGCACAACCAACCGAUGGACUAUUGGGCCGGCGCGCUGCCCGGCUCGCGCAAAUGUCAGUGCGGUGUGGUGGGCGAUUGCAUUGACCCGACCAAGUGGUGCAACUGCGAUGCGAACAGUCUCGACUGGCAGGAGGAUGGUGGAGACAUCCGGGAGAAGGAAUAUUUGCCGGUGCGAGGGUUACGGUUCGGUGACACCGGGACGCCGGUGGAUGAGAAACUUGGUCGGUACACGCUCGGGCCGCUGCGGUGCUCUGGGGACAGUCUGUUCAACAACGAGGUAACGUUCCGCAUUGCGGACGCCACGAUCGAUCUGCCCCCGUUCGAUAUGGGCCAUUCGGGCGAUAUUUACUUCGAGUUUAAGACGACGAUCGAAAAUGCGGUGCUGCUGCACGCCCGCGGACCGACGGACUUCAUCCGGCUGGACAUUGUCGGCGGGACGAAGCUGCUGUUCGAGUAUCAGGCCGGGACGGGCACGCAGAAGGUGUACGUGGAGAUGAGCAACAAGCUGAACGACGAUCGGUGGCAUUCGGUGAGCGUGGAGCGCAACCGCAAGGAGGCACGGCUGGUGGUGGAUGGUUCCACGAAGGCGGAAGUGCGGGAACCACCGGGACCGGUGCGUGCGUUGCAUCUGAACUCGACGCUAACGAUCGGUGCGAGGUUGGAUUAUCGUGAUGGAUACGUUGGAUGCAUCCGGGCGUUGCUGUUGAACGGUGAACCGGUCGAUUUGCGAUCGUACGCCGAGCGGGGCCUUUACGGUGUGUCGGUUGGGUGUGUUGGAAGGUGUGAAUCGAGCCCGUGCCUGAACAAUGGCACGUGUACGGAGCGGUACGAUGGCUUUACGUGCGAUUGCCGCUGGAGCUCCUUCAAGGGACCGAUCUGUGCUGAUGAAAUCGGUGUAAACAUGCGAUCAUCGUCCAUGAUCAAGUACGACUUCCAAGGUGCCUUCCGUUCGACACUGUCCGAGCGCAUUCGUGUCGGCUUUACCACCACCAACCCGAAGGGCUUCCUGAUCGGCCUAUUCUCCAACAUCACGCAAGAGUACCUCACGCUCAUGGUGUCCAACUCGGGCCAUCUGAAGGUGGUGUUCGACUUUGGCUUCGAGCGGCAGGAGCUGAUCUACCCCGUGAAACACUUUGGCCUUGGCCAGUACCACGAUGUGCGCUUUUCGCGCAAAAACUCCGGCUCGACGGUCGUGCUGUCCGUGGACAAUUACGAACCGCAGGAGUACCAUUUCGACAUUAAAGGCUCGGCCGACGCACAGUUCAACAAUGUGGAGUAUAUGUAUAUUGGCAAAAACGAAUCGAUGAAGGACGGGUUUGUGGGUUGCAUUUCGCGCGUCGAGUUUGACGAUAUCUAUCCGCUGAAGUUCCUGUUCCAGGAGAAUCCACCACCGAACGUCCGAUCGCUCGGUACGCCACUGACGGAGGACUUUUGCGGUGUGGAACCGGUGACGCAUCCACCGAUCGAGAUCGAAACACGACCGCCACCACUGAUCGAUGAGGAUAAGCUGCGCGACGCUUACGGGCCCGAUACUGCCAUCCUUGGAAGUGUGCUAGCGAUCAUACUGCUGCUGAUCAUCCUGAUGGCGAUACUGAUCGGUCGGUACAUGAACCGGCACAAGGGCGAAUAUCUGACGCAGGAAGACAAGGGUGCGGAGGCGGCCCUCGACCCAGACGAGGCAGUGGUGCAGUCGACCACCGGCCACCAGGUGACCAAGCGGAAGGAAUUCUUCAUCUAAGGCGCCACCCUGCCCAAGUUCAUGCUUGGCCAUGGGCCUGCCUACCUGCCUGACAGUCUGCUCCUGUGUGUAAAUACUGUUAAAUUGCGUACCCCGGAACACGAGACCGCGCAAUCUUCCCGUGAGCUCUGUCGGUUGCAGGGGGGGAAAGCAAAGGGAACCGAACAACCCCCAAGCAAAAAAAGGCCAUUCCGUGUUGUUGUCGGUGCAUUACGGUUUUUUUGCAUUUCGCCUUCGAAAGGGUUUUUUUUGUCGCAAGCAAAAGCCGAGUUAAUGUUUAAGUGAUUUUAAUUUUAAAACUGCCGUAAGCGAAAAUGAGUUUUCUGUUUUAUAAUAUUUUUGACCAACCAAACUCUCUCAACGUAGUAAAAAACACGUAAACGAGAACGACCCCGUCCUUUUUUCACAGUACUUUUGUAAACGUGCGCGAAUGUGUGCGAAGCAAAAAACACGGACAAGGAAACACACCCAGGGGAGAGAGAGAGAGAUAGGAGAGAGAUGGGUGAUGUUUCUUUGUUCGUGCUUAAGUUUAAGCAUUUUAGUUAGUAGAGCCAUUUUUUUCCUUCUGUAGUCCAAACGGAAACAAUCGAAACGAAGAACUCCGCGGUGUGUUUUGGGGUGGUAGUAGUAGGCUCUGACGAAUGUGUAGGGAACGAAUGAAUCUCAACGGAGAAGGAAUCACUCGAGAACAACACCGGGGGAGGUCGAUGUUUUAAGUUUAAACUUUUCGUUACAUUAAUCCGUCCUUUAAGAGAUAGUUUUGUUUUUUAAAUAUAUUUUCUUUUUUUAUUUAACGCGAAAGGCGCGAAUAACCAACCAACCAACGCGCUCCGGCGACGAAGCACGAUAAGAAGUUGUGAAUCGCGUGGAAACAACAAAAUGAUAGAAAGUGGUAAUAAACAAAGAAAACCAACAAAUUGUAUCAGGAAUUAAAAAAAAAAAACCAGAAUCAAACUCAAUUGUGAAGUGAAAGAAGCUGAAAGUGGAAGAAAAGGGAGAGGUUUUGCGUUUAGUUUUUGCGGAAAAGUUUGCAUCCACGAUCCCUGCAAUCGAGUGAAGCAAAAGAAGGAGGGAAAAAGCACGUGAUCGAGAAGAAGGAGAAAAAGACAAAUUAUUGUUUCAUUUUCAGUAUCAAUUUUCAAGGAGGAGAAAGUAGUGAGUAGAAGGGGCGCGUGAGAAAAUAAUAAAUGCUGCGAAACGAACCAACAACAA